AGUUCUCCAUCAGCGCGAGCUUCAGGAGCGCUCAGUUAAGAUAGAGAGGGAGUCAAGCGGCAGCAAGGGGUGGCUGUACGACCCUCUUUUGAGGGGGGUCCGAUUAUAACAAAAAAUAUAUACACACAUAUAUAGCCAUUCUACACGCUCAGGCCGCAAGAUAGGUCCUGUGUUGAGUUUAGGCAUUUUAAAAUAAGCAUUACAUCUGUCUAUACAUUUUUAAAAAUGCCUAUUUUACUUUUCUUGAUAGACACGUCCGCUUCUAUGAACCAGCGCACUUAUUUGGGUACGACGUAUCUGGACAUUGCUAAAGGCGCGGUUGAGAUCUUUAUGAAGCUGCGUGCCCGAGACCCGGCUAGUAGAGGCGACAGGUACAUGCUAGUUACAUUUGAUGAACCACCAUACGGAGUUAAGGCGGGAUGGAAGGAGAACCACGCCACCUUCAUGAGCGAGCUGAAGAACCUGCAGGCCUCUGGUCUGACCACGCUGGGCCCCGCCCUCCGCUCCGCCUUCGACCUGCUCAACCUCAACCGCCUCGUCUCGGGCAUUGACAACUACGGACAGGGCAGGAAUCCUUUCUUCCUCGAGCCCUCCGUGAUCGUCACCAUCACCGACGGCAGCAAGCUGACGCACAGCUCGGGGGUGCAGGAGGAGCUGCACCUGCCCCUGAACUCGCCCCUGCCGGGCAGCGAGCUGACCAAGGAGCCGUUCCGCUGGGACCAGCGGCUGUUCGCCCUGGUGCUGCGCCUGCCGGGCGCCGCCGCCGCCGCCGAGAGCGAGCAGCUGGGCAGCGUGCCCACCGACGAGUCGGCCAUCACGCAGAUGUGCGAGGUCACCGGAGGCCGGUCCUAUUGCGUCCGGACCCAGCGCAUGCUCAACCAGUGCCUGGAGUCCCUGGUCCAGAAGGUUCUGAGCGGCGUCGUCAUCAACUUUGAGAAAACGGGGCCGGACCCGCCCCUGUUAGGCGAAGACGGACUAGUUGACCCGGCCCGCCCCGCCCCGUCCUUUGGCCCGCAGCCCUGGCACAGCUGCCACAAGCUCAUCUACAUCCGGCCCAACCCCAAGACCGGCGUCCCCGUGGGGCACUGGCCCAUCCCAGAAUCCUUCUGGCCCGACCAGAACUCCCCCACUCUGCCGCCUCGCACGGCUCACCCGGUGGUGCGCUUCUCCUGCGUGGACUGCGAGCCCAUGGUGAUCGACAAGCUUCCCUUCGACAAGUACGAGCUGGAGCCCUCGCCCCUCACGCAGUACAUCCUGGAGAGGAAGUCGCCGCACAUGUGCUGGCAGGUGUUUGUGAGCAACAGCGGGAAGCACAGCGACCUGGGCCAGCCGUUCGGCUACCUGAAGGCCAGCACCACGCUCACCUGCGUCAACCUCUUCGUCAUGCCUUACAACUACCCGGUCCUGCUGCCGCUGCUGGAUGACCUGUUUAAAGUGCACAAACUGAAGCCAAACGUGAAGUGGCGACAGGCCUUUGAGGUCUACCUUAAGUCCAUGCCCCCGUAUUUCCUCUUGCCGUUGAAAAAGGCGCUAAGGAUGAUGGGGGCUCCGAACCUCAUCUCCGACAACAUGGACUGUGGCCUCAGCUACAGCGUCAUCUCUUACUUGAAGAAACUGAGCCAGCAGGCGAAGAUGGAGUCGGACCGGCUGAUUGUGUCCGUGGGGAAGAAGCCCCCCCAGGAGACGGGCAUCAAAGUGAAGAACCACUGGAGCGCCCUGUCCCUGGCCCACCGCCGCGACUUCAAACAGCUGCUGCAGGGCAUCACCGGGGAGGCCCCCCUCCGCCUCGCCGACAUCAACUUCAAGGAGUUCUCCGGCUUCCAGAUCGCACUGCUCAACAAGGACCUUAAGCCCCAGGCCUAUCGGAACGCGUAUGACGUUUCCCGGCGGAACCUUCUGGAUCAGCUGACCCGCAUGCGCUCCAACCUCCUGCGCACGACGCAGAAGCUUAUUCGAGGGCAGGACGAAGACUACUUACACAGCAUCCCAGUGGCCCAGAUGGGGAACUACCAGGAGUACCUGAAGAUGAUGCCGUCCCCCCUGCGGGAGAUAGAUCCGGACCAGCCCAAACGGCUGCACACGUUCGGCAACCCCUUCAAACAGGACAAGAAGGGCAUGAUGAUUGACGAGGCGGACGAGUUUGUGACGGGCCCCCAGAACAAAAAGAGGGGCGGCUCGGGGGACCCCAACUCGGGGGCCGCCCUGAAGAGGAGGAGGAGCAUGUCACCCCUGUUGCGCCGGCCGCAGACGCCACCCAUCAUCACCAACCACGUGGUGGGGAAGGGGCCCCCGGGGGCCCAGGUCAACCACAGCCUCAUCAAGCCUAUCCCGCUGCACAAAGGAUCAGAGAGGAACAGCGUUCUGGGCUCAGAAAGCAAUGGGGAGCAACUGAAGGGCGCAGAGACGGGUGGAGGCUGGCCUGGAGGACUGGACGGGGGGGGUGCGGCGGACCUCAUGCCGGAGGACGUGACCGGGGAAGGGGGAGAGGGCAGAGUCCGAGUGGAGGACAGAUUUGGGGAAGACGGGCUGGAUGAGAGGCCUCCUGGCCAUCCAGAAAACUGUGAAGAAUUGAGUCCCCCGGGACAGGAGGGCGCGCUAGAGGGAGCCGGAGGGGAAACGCUCAGGACAGUCACCAUAUUCCCCCUGGAGGGCACCAACGCAGAACUCCGCACACGGGUCCUCAGAGAAGUUCGGAAGCCUGGUCGCAAUUACGAGACAAUAUUCAGGCUUCUGGAGGAAGUGAGGGGCCCUCUGGAAGUGCAGAAGUACUUCAUCCAUCAGACCAUUAAAGAGGCCGCCAGGUUCAAGAAGCGCGUCCUGAUCCAGCAGCUGGAGACGGCCCUGGAGGAGAUGGAGGAGAAGCACCUGCUGCCCGCCGGCCUCAACAACGUCCACGGCAGGUAGUGCAGAGAGCGCGCUGCACCACGCCGCUCCCCGCCGCGGGCAGGGGAGAGACAGCGAGAGAGGCGCGGACCGCAGAGCCGCCGGAGACGGGGAGACUGACGGCAGCAGGCUCCGCCCCCUGGGGAAUGGGCGAGGCUCCCCCUGAGGGAUGAGCGGCGGAGGACAGAGGUCGCCGCAGCCAAAGGGCUGAGCGCUUCUCGCGCAGAGGAAAGGAGGGGGAGGACCCAGGGAGGGACGCACUGGGCAAGAGCGCUGAAGGAAUCCUCAAAUUCCCCUCUGUCCUUUUGCUGUUGGUCCCCCUUCUGUAGACCGCCCAACGGCUACACGCCCUCACCCAUAGCCCGGUCUGCUUUGCCCUCAGAGACCGUGCAUCUCGUGUGCCGAGUGCAGCUGAGAGGACAGAUAAAUGUGGAGGUGGAGUAGUCAUGAUCCCCUGUGAGUUCCCUUCAGCAGUGGGAAGGUGUGAGAUCUCCAACUCGAAGGAGAGACGGAGCAUCGAGCAGUUCUACGGGAAAACCGUUCCUGAGGGUGUCAAUGGGCUUCCUGUACAGAGGUGUAGGUCAUCUCCCACAGAUGCAGGUAGCAGUUCUUCAGGCCGACUUUCCUGGCGGGCAAGCUGACGACAGGCCAAGGAUACUCGCGCGAGUUCUCUUAUCUACCUCAGUCCCUCCAUUUUCCUUUUCUUUUUCAAAGAACUCUCUUGUUGUCCUUGGGUCAGACUUUGGUGUCAUUCAAAACAAGGCAGUAAAUGAACUGGGAAAACAACAAGCUUUGAAGAAACGGUUAAGUGGACUUGGAGGAUACCCGGAAGCUUGUUUGCUGACAUGCAGAGUACACCUCUACGUUUCCCCCCCAACCUCCAGGAGAAUUAUUUACCAGGACAUGUGGUUUGUUUGACUAGUCCUGGAGCUUAUUCCACUCUACUGCGUCACUGAAGCUCGCGAUAACCCACUUAAUGUCAAACGACUUUAAAUCAUCAAAUACCACACCCCCACAUCAUAAAUCCACUCCAGCCCUGGACAACUGCAUUUGAUCAUGCUGGGUUUAAGAAUCACAAAUUCAAACUGUUUUUUUUUCUUUUAUUCUCUUAAAAUGAAAGAUGUGUACUACUUUUUAGAUGUUCAUACAUGAUGAAAGAAAUAAGAUUAUUUUUGGACAGUAUUCUUACCAGAGCAUAAAAAUUGAUAUUUUAAAGAAAACCUUGUAUAAAGAACAUUUUGUAAACAUUUUUAAAGAAACACAAAAAAUUAAUAAAAAUCAUAAAGUUGA